AUGGCAUUCUUCGAAGCUUCAAUACCCCAGGGCCUCAGUCCGAAGCAAAGGCUAGAAGUCGUUGGUACCUAUAUGUACUCUAAAUGCACAACAACAGCUCUUACACUGGCAUGGUCGUUGCUUGGCCAGAAGCGAACACACGACGAUCUCGAAGACAACCAAGGACAAGACACCGAGAUGCCCACACUCGAGUCCGAAGUCUCCCCAACUUCUAGAAAUCUUCGCAAGCGUGCCCGGGUCUCUUAUGUGGAGCCCACCGAGUCCGAAUUCGAAAGCGAUGCAGAUUCUGGCUACAACUCAGACUCGUCAGUCGAGUGGGGCACCACCAGGCAAUUCAAGGCAAAGCGUCCUCGCAAGGAAAAGCCUGUGAAGCCUUUCCCCUUUCUUUCUCUGCCCACCGAACUGCGCAACAAGAUCUAUCUUCUGGCUUUGGAGGAUCCUGAUGGCAUGGUCCUGAAUGAAGGCUGGCGUUCACAUCGCCGAGUGCCCAAGAGAGACACAUUGCUCCAAUAUGAUGACAAAAGUCAUUAUGCUGGUCUGAGUAACCUCGAGCGCCCUGGCCCGAUGUCUCCCCAUACCGCGUUCAGGGGAAAAGAAGACCUACGCACUCUGUCGCCUUCUCUCCUUGCGGUCAAUAAACAAAUUUACGCAGAAGCUGUUCGAAUCUUGUACUCACAGCCUCUACAUUUCGCCAAUACCGCUGCUCUACAUCAUUUUCUUGCCCCUCUGAGCAGUCAAACUCUAUCUCUCGUCCGCGACAUCAUUGUUCACACAUACUCAACCUGGGGCCGUGGAGUGCGAAAAGCAAUGAACGUUUCCGCCCUUACUCUGCUUCGUGGCUGCAGUAACCUUCAGUUACUACGCAUCGAAACCCUGGGCCACCAUUAUCAUCUCUAUAGUCGCAAUUACAAGAGGACCGUCGAGGAUGACGGCAGAUCGCACGGUGCUCUGUUGGCACGGCAAGUCUACCGCGAUGCCGCAUUUUGGAUUGAUACCGUGGGUGCAAGCAAAGCACUACAAGUGUUGGAUCUGCCUGAACUGCGUCGUGAGAUUGUCCGCCAGAAGUGUUGGUCUCAGGAGGCAUACGAUGAUGAUGUGGAGGGGCUGAAGUUCGCAAACAUGACUUUUGUCGAAGAGUUCACAUAUCUGGUUGAAGGAAUGGGCAAGGGAAUGAAGAGGAGCAAGAAGUCAUAUGCGAAAAGGUCUGCUGCUGCUGACAAUGCUGCACAAACUCUCACGUAG